CUUGUCGUGAUCGGACGUACAGCGGAAUUCUUCCGUGCUUGCGAUUAGAAUUAGUUUAUUGGUUCUAUCGAGCUCGCUUUCUGGAUCAUGGAGCUAAAUAAUGUUGAAAUCGGCGGUGAAGCACCCAAGUCCCACGGCCAAACUGCUACUACACCUUUGGGCGCUGAGAAACCAAACCCGCAAUUGCUAUACGCCAUCAAUGACAAUCCACCGUGGUACCUGAGCAUCUUUUUGGCAUUUCAGCAUUACCUGACUAUGAUCGGAGCCAUUGUCUCAAUACCCUUCAUACUAACACCAGCGUUGUGCAUGUCCGAUGAGGAUGCGAAUCGCGGCAUUAUCAUUUCAACCAUGAUCUUUGUCACCGGCAUCGUGACCUACUUCCAGGCCACUUGGGGCGUCCGUUUACCGAUUGUCCAGGGUGGAACUAUUUCUUUUUUGGUCCCGACUCUUGCCAUUUUGUCCCUACCGCAGUGGAAGUGUCCGUCGCAGGCCGAAAUGGAUGACAUGAAUCAGGCCGAUAGGGAGGAACUGUGGCAAGUUCGUAUGCGCGAGCUAUCCGGUGCCAUCGCAGUGUCCGCAGUGGUGCAGGUCAUCCUUGGCUACACGGGGCUGGUGGGCAAGAUCCUAAAGUACGUCACUCCAUUAACCAUUGUACCCACUGUGUCUUUGGUGGGCCUUACACUCUUUGAGCACGCAGCAGAGACGGCCUCGAAGCACUGGGGGAUUGCGGUGGGAACCACUGGGAUGCUGACGCUCUUUUCGCAAAUAAUGUCCAAUGUCCCCAUACCGGUGCCGGCGUAUCGAAAGGGUCACGGAAUGGAAGUGCGCCAGUUCCAGUUGUUCCGUCUUUUUCCCGUCUUACUGACAAUAAUGAUCAUGUGGGGACUCUGCGGCAUCCUGACCGCUACGGACGUCUUUCCUCCGGGUCAUCCAUCCCGUACCGAUGUGCGACUGAAUGUGCUGACCAGUGCUAAGUGGUUCUACGUGCCCUAUCCGGGUCAGUUCGGUUUGCCUUCAGUGACGCUGUCCGGCGUGCUGGGAAUGCUGGCGGGUGUACUUGCGUGCACGGUGGAGUCGCUGAGCUAUUAUCCCACCGUCUCCCAGAUGUCCGGUGCUCACUCACCGCCGCUGCAUGCUAUUAAUCGGGGCAUUGGCACCGAGGGUUUGGGAACAGUGUUGGCCGGACUCUGGGGCGCCGGGAAUGGAACCAAUACCUUCGGCGAGAACGUCGGUGCAAUUGGAGUUACCAAGAUUGGAUCGCGUCGCGUAAUUCAGUGGGCUGCCUUUAUCAUGGUGCUCCAAGGUGUAAUUGGAAAGUUCGGAGCCAUCUUCAUACUCAUUCCUGACUCCGUUGUGGGGGGGAUUUUUUGCGUGAUGUUUGGCAUGAUCAUUGCGUUCGGCUUGUCUACGCUGCAGUAUGUUGACUUGCGCUCAGCAAGAAAUCUCUAUAUAUUGGGGCUUUCCAUAUUCUUCCCCAUGGUUUUGUGCCGCUGGAUGCAAUUGCAUCCCGGAUCAAUCGACACCGGCAAUACGACUGUGGAUUCAACGUUAUCGGUUUUGCUUGGUACAACGAUUCUGGUGGGAGGAGUUCUGGGAUGCCUGCUGGACAAUCUGAUACCUGGAACUGCGUCGGAAAGGGGUCUGAUUGAAUGGGCCAACGAGAUGCCCCUUGGUGAUGACAAUAUUAACGACGGCACGGCCACCGACUAUGAUUUCCCGUGUGGUAUGAAUGCCCUUCGCAGCUGGCGUUGGACCUAUCACAUUCCGUUUUUGCCCACCUAUAAGCUCCAGAAGCAGAGCUAAUCAAAAGCAAAGAUAAUUAACUCUGUAAUUUAAAUAACAGAUAACAGCUAUUA